AGUGAGAGCAGAGAAGAGACAUAUUAGGCUGAACAGAAGUAAAGGACUGUGGAAGGACUGAAGACACCUGCCAGUCAAGACUUACCAGAAAGAGACCAAAGCUCUCCAUCGCUCUUUCUACCUAUUCUCUUUGUUUGUCAUUCUUUCUCUAUCCCCACUCUCUCUCUAAUGGAAGUAACUUAGAACACGUUGCUCCAUCUCAUGCCGGGAGCGCCCAGCAGGAAGUGAUGUCGUGGAAGAGGAACUACUUUGCGUCGGGCGGUGGCUGCGGAGGUCCUGGUGGAGGGCUACAAGGACUGAUCACGACCCCUCGGACUAUGGCCUCCUUCGCCCCGAGUAAAGGCCUCAGCAACGAACCUGGACAGAACAGCUGCUUCCUAAACAGUGCUCUGCAGGUCCUGUGGCAUCUGGAUAUCUUCCGUAGAAGUUUCCGCCAGCUGACCACCCACAAGUGUAUGGAAGACUCCUGUAUCUUCUGUGCCCUCAAGAGUAUCUUUGCCCAGUUCCAGUUCAGCAGUGAGCGUGUGUUACCGUCGGACAUGUUGCGGAGCGCACUAGCCAAGACCUUCCAGGAUGAACAACGCUUCCAGCUGGGGAUCAUGGACGAUGCAGCAGAAUGCUUUGAGAAUCUACUGAUGCGUAUCCAUUUCCACAUCAGCGCCGAGACCAGAGAGGACAUCUGUACGGCUAAACAUUGUAUACCACACCAGAAGUUUGCCAUGACUCUGUUCGAACAGUGUGUGUGCAGUAGUUGUGGAGCCUCGUCGGACCCCCUUCCCUUCAUUCAGAUGGUUCACUACAUCUCUACCACGUCCCUCUGUAACCAGGCAGUGAGGAUGUUAGAGUGUAGAGAGAAGCCCACCCCCAACAUGUUUGGAGAGCUGCUCCGCAACGCCAGCAACAUGGGAGACCUACGCAACUGCCCGAGUAACUGUGGGGAGGUGUUGCGUAUCCGCCGUGUGUUGAUGAACUCUCCAGAGAUAGUGUCCAUCGGUCUGGUCUGGGACUCAGACCACUCUGACCUAGCUGAGGACGUCAUUCACAGCCUGGGCACCUGUCUACACCUGGGGGAUUUGUUUUAUCGUGUGACAGAGGAGAGGGCUCGUCAGGCUGAGCUGUACCUGGUUGGUAUGGUGUGUUACUAUGGUAAACACUACUCCACAUUCUUCUUCCAGACUAAGAUACGCAAGUGGAUGUACUUCGACGACGCUCACGUCAAAGAGAUCGGUCCUAAGUGGAAGGACGUGGUGGCACGCUGUAUAAAGGGUCACUACCAGCCUCUAUUGCUGCUCUAUGCUGACCCCCGGGGGACGCCGGUGGUAUCGCAGGACAUCUCCUCCCUCUCUUACCCCCAGCUGGACCUGCUGCACUGCAGCAAGGCAGGAUAUGAGAGCGAGGACUCUGGACGGGAGCCCUCCAUAUCCAGUGAUACCCGUACAGAUUCCUCUGACAGCUCCAGCCACCGAGCAUCUCGAAAUCGCCCUCUCCGCCAGUCAACAGGCAGCCACCUGUCCAACAAAACGCAGACCAUCGUUGUCGGUAACCAUGACAACAGCACACCGCUACACAGUGCAGUUGCAGCAGCAGAGACCCCCCUCUGCCCCCCUCCCCCUCCCCUGCAGCAGGGUGACUAUAAAGAGACAGCUGUGUUCCUCCUUUCCUCUCGUCGUCCCACGUCAUCUUGCUCUUCCUCCCAUCCUCUCUCCUCAUGUUCCUUCCAUCCCCCCUCCUCUACCUGUUCCUCCUAUCCCGUCUCCUCCUCCUGCUCUUCCUCCCGUCCCAUGUCCUCUUCCUCCUCCUCGGGGAUAGGGGGGUCUGUGCUGGGAUCUGAGGCAGGGGCCGUGGGGCCACACUGGGAGGAUGAGAGCACCAGCAGUGAGUCCAAGUCUAGUUCACCUGGGAGUCGAAGUUACCGGCCAGCCUGGAGGCCACGGAGGGAAGCCCUGAACAUCGACAGCAUCUUCACCCGCCAGAGAGGCUCUCCGCUGGGCUAUAGCACCCUGCCUGGGCCCCCUCUACCUUCAGAGGUUCAACAACACUGUCCAACUAACACGGCUGAUCUGCAGGGGGCAAGAGAGAGGGCCGGGGGUGUAGGCGGUGUGUGGGGAGAUACGGAGGAGGUGGCAGGGAUGCCUGGGUUGCUAGGCAACGGCACGGACUGCCCCCCUCCUCCCCCGUUGAGAGGGGCGGAGUCUCAGCCUCGUCUGAUCCAGAGGAUGGAGAGUGGUUAUGAGAGCAGCCCUGACAGGGAGGUAGGUCAGAAGCGUGUGUUGAUGUUUGGUCCAUCGUGGCGCACGGUGCCCAAGUCUAAAAGCACCAGUGCCAUCCUGCAGGAGCUGCCAGCACCUCGCUGGGGCUGCAACAACAACCUGGGCGCUGGCCGUAGCGAGCUGGAUGAGCUUCAGGAGGAGGUAGUGAGGAGAGCGAGGCAGCAGGAGCAGCAGAGGAGGAAAGAGGCGGAGAGACAAGCUGCCGUGGGAUUCAACCCCAGACCCUCCAAAUACAUGGACUUAGACCAGCUACAACACCAAGCUGUGCUCAGCCCCCUGCAUGAGGCUAAUGCUCGUAGUGGACUGACUGUAGUUGCGUGCAUGAGGAGCACUGCGGAGCCAAUCACACAGGAACAGGAUAUGGAGCAGGAAACAGGAAGUGCCAGUCCACAGGGACAUCGCAGUGAACAGUCUGGCCCGCUCCAAGUACUGCUGAUGCCCAAUCAGGAGGGGGAAGAGGUCCGGCCAGCCUACCAGGAUGCAACCCUGGGCCCUGGUCAGCCCCCUCUCCACUCAUCCCUCCCACGCCCUCCCACCAACAACCCCCCAGCACAGGUUGAGGAGGGUGAGAAGGGGGAGCGGGUGAGGAGGGGUGAGGAAGGACAGGGGAUGAGCCUGGAAGAGUUGUUACAGGUUGGGGGUGUGAGACCUGUUGGCAGACACCUGGCCAUCUCUCUCCCCUCUCUACCUCUCAGACUCUGGGAUAUAUCUCACACACACACUCCCCCCUCACACACACACUCUUACUCUGACCGCCAACACACACACCCUCCACCCUCACAUACAAACCCUGAGCACCCACACACACACUCUGCUCCUCCCGCAGUCAGCCCCACCCCUCACCCUCCACUGCCUCUCCACAUUGGCCCGAUCAAGGUUCCGCCUCCAACACCGUCACACGUCAUUGGUCCUCCUGGAGCGUGGACCGCCCAGAUGCCAUGGUUACGCCAUAUGACACCCCUCCAGACCGCCGCCUCCCCUUUAGGCCACACCUCCCCUACCGAAACUACAACUCCCAGCCUGCCCCUGGGCAGCAUGACCCCUGUGACCCUGAGGAGGCAGAGUUUUCAGAGCUGGACUUCCUAUACCGGGCCAGCCUCCAGCCAGGAUGUAGAAGUAGUAGCCCGGUCAGGAGGCUGCAGUGUGGGGUAGGAGGGCCAGCUCGUUCCCUCACCCCCAAUGCCAACAUGGAGAGGAGUGUGUACCAGACUGACUGCAGCAGCACAAUGGUCCGUAGUCUGAGCGGCACAAUCAUCAACCCGCGUCGCCAUCGUCUCACCUCAACACGCAGCUUUGAGAUGUCCAAUGGUGCGGGGAGUUUCUGGUGUCUGACUGGGGUGAAGCUGUCUUCAGGCCACUGAUCCGCCUCCAUAUGCAUCUACACUACAGGCUCCUUCCAGGCCAGCCCUCUGGGGUCCUAACCCUCCACACCGCUACAGGCUCCUUCCAGGCCAGCCCUCUGGGGUCCUAACCCUCCACACCGCUAUAGGCUCCUUCCAGGCCAGCCCUCUGGGGUCCUAACCCUCCACACCACUACAGGCUCCUUCCAGGCUAGCCCUCUGGGGUCCUAACCCUCCACACCGCUACAGGCUCCUUCCAGGCCAGCCCUCUGGGGUCCUAACCCUCCACACCGCUACAGGCUCCUUCCAGGCCAGCCCUCUGGGGUCCUAACCCUCCACACCGCUACAGGCUCCUUCCAGGCCAGCCCUCUGGGGUCCUAACCCUCCACACCGCUACACUGUAAACCCCAAUGUGCUGUCAUUACUCAAAACUUUUGAGGAAGCUCAUUGCACUUAAUAUAUACAUUUUAGUCAUUUGGCAGAUGCUCUUAUCCAGAGUGACUUACAGGAACCUCUAAGCCACGCCUCCAAUAGAAUUUCCCAGUGUGCCUUGCCUUUUUGAGUAAAUUGUAGAGUUACCACCCAUGACUGUAUUUGUUAGUGACAUGGUAGUUGAAUUCAUUUCUUUUAUAUUUGUCCUGUGACCACCAAUUGAAUUCCAAGGUAAAUGUUAUCAUUAUAAUUAUAGUUCUUUAUUACUUAUCUCAUAAGACCUUAUUUUGAGGCCUAGUGUUACCCUAAUACAGUGGCCUGAAACUCAUGGUUUACAGGCCACAUCAGGCCUGCAAAUAGGGUUGCAAACUUCUGGACGCUUUCCCAAAAUUACUUGAUUUUCAAAAAAAUCCUGGUUGAAGGAUUUCUGCACAACAUACCCAAUUUUUGCCAUCCCUACCUGCAAAUCACAUUAGGCUGGCUUGUAAAGUGAUGUGUAAAACAGUUGACAUUUUAAUUUACCCGCAACCUGCAUUUAUAAUGACUGCCAGGGUUAGAAACCAUUUAAACUGGAACAACCAUUUCAUUAAUGGGUGCCAAAAAAUCUAAGUAAAUGAUUGGAUUAGUUUCCCAUACGGGAAAAAAAAUGCAUUUAAAAUAUAUUUUUAGGAUGCAGCUUAGGAUACAUGUGAAAUAUAAAACAUUUGCCAAAUAAUGUCUUUUUUAUGCAUUUGUAAAUGUAUUUUAAUGUGUGACAUACAUUUGUAAAUGUAUUCGGAAUAUAUUCAUUUGUUUAGAAAUAUAUUAUUUGGCGAGUUUGGGCUGUCGCCCCUCCCUGACCUUUUCCAA